GUCGUCCCUCUCCCCCAAAAACUUCUGGAGACAUCUCCCCUGUCCCUGUCGCCGUCGUGUUCUCUUCGAAUCGAAUCGAAGAGCCCAUGGCGGACAAGGAACCCGUCGCGGAGCGCCCCGAGGCAGCAGAGGAGGACGUCUCCGCCGCGGCCGCCGCGGGGGAGGAGGAGGACACGGGCGCCCAGGUCGCGCCAAUCGUGCGGCUUGAGGAGGUCGCCGUCACCACCGGCGAGGAGGACGAGGACGUCCUGCUCGACAUGAAGGCGAAGCUGUACAGGUUCGACAAGGACGGGAACCAGUGGAAGGAGCGGGGCACGGGCACCGUUAAGCUGCUCAAGCACAAGGAAAACGGCAAGGUCCGCCUCGUCAUGCGGCAGGCCAAGACCCUCAAGAUCUGCGCCAACCACCUCGUGGUCUCGACCACGAAGAUGCAGGAGCACGCUGGCAGCGACAAGUCGUGCGUGUGGCACGCCGCGGACUUUGCCGACGGCGAGCUCAAGGAGGAGAUGUUCGCCAUCCGGUUCGGCUCCGUGGAGAACUGCAAGAAGUUCAAGGACUUGGUUGAAGAGAUUGCUGAAUCACUUAUAAAGAAUAAAGACAAAGAAAGCGAAGAUGGUUUGUCCACUGCUGGAUUGCUGGAGAAACUCACAGUAAGCGAGAGCAAAUCUGAGGAAAGUGCAAAGGCGGAAUCAACUGAAUCUGGCAAAGAGACAGAAACCAAGGCUGAGGCAACCACAUCGGAGUAGUUGGCACAUUGCACCUGAGCACACUGAUCUGCGGAGUGGCGAGUCAGUUUGUCAGUGCUUCCCUAUGGUGGAAGUUGGUACCCGUUAGCCGUGCAAUAUGCUGAUAACUUUUGGGGGAGGAUGCUCGUGUCUGCAGUAACUUAGUGUUAUAAAAGAUCACUGCAUGGAGUUCAAGGUUGGCAUUUCGAUCUCGUGUGGGGUUGGUUUUGUUUAAAACUUUGUAGUCCGUUGGUAUGAGUUGGAACCUUUGUCCUUUGGGUUGUACGCUGCAAGUAUUUGACGCAUGGGUCGUUGUGGAUUGCGUUAUAUUCAUAUAAAUACAUGUCAUUUGUGUUUUUUUGUA